AUUUUCUCUUCAAGUUUUUAGUCAUUGGAAGUGCUGGGACUGGGAAAUCAUGUCUGCUUCAUCAGUUUAUGGAAGGAAAGUACAAAUCUGACAGCAACCACACAAUUGGAGUCGAGUUUGGCUCCCGCAUUGUGAGCGUCGGGGGGAAGAUGGUCAAACUCCAGAUCUGGGACACGGCUGGACAGGAGCGCUUUAGGUCGGUGACUCGAUCAUAUUACCGUGGUGCUGCUGGAGCUCUGCUGGUCUACGACAUAAGCAGCAGGGAGAGCUACAAUGCACUGGCCAACUGGCUGUCAGAUGCACGCACUCUUGCGUCACCGAACAUUGUGGUCUUGUGUGUUGGUAAUAAGAAGGACUUGGAUGCGGAGAGAGAAGUUACCUUCUUGGAAGCGUCUCAGUUUGCGCAGGAGAAUGAGCUGCUGUUCCUGGAAGCUUCAGCUCUCACGGGAGAGAACGUCGAGGAGGCGUUCCUCAAGUGUGCUAAAUGUAUCCUUGCUAAAAUUGAAACAGGCGAGCUGGAGCCAGAACGCAUAGGGUCGGGCAUCCAAUACGGCGACGCAGCUCUCAGAAAGCUGCGCCAGACCUCGUCACGACCAAGACCGACCUGCAGUGCACCAUCAUGUCCUCUAUAGUCUGGUCCUUUGUCAUUGCCUACAGUUUACGAAAAACUGAACAAAGUUCGGCUGAUAUUUCUUGGCUGCUACAAUGCACUUAGUUUAGUCUGAACUUCUGGCAGAAAUUCCUAUAUGAGAUAAUGAAUUAAAUCGGGAGGUCUGCAUUUCUGUUUAGUCUGAACUUAUGGCAGAAAUUCCGAUCUGAGAUAACAAAUUAUAUCAGGAGGCCCAAAUUUCUGCAUUAUUGCUUCUUCAUAACCUCUGAUGAAGUCAGUUUUUGGACUCGCAUGUUGACUGCUUGUUUAGAAGCAGUGAAUGUGCUGUGAUGUGUUGGUAGUGGAGCUGCAGUUCGUUAAAACUUCCUCCAUUUAAACUCAUGCCACAACUGCAUGAUGAGCACUUUAAUAGUGCCUAGUACAGCGAGUAGUGAAGCAAAGUUCAAUGAGUAUAGUGUUUUAAUAGUGAACCGUGUUCUUAAAGCGUAGUCUUUUGUAAUGGAGCCUGCGUUGCCUGGGACCAGUCAGGAAGACAUUGGGUUUACAGGCGUAGGUUUAUUAGGAUAUUCUAUAUAAAAUAAAGCAAUAUCACUCCGAUGUGCCGGAAGGCGUAUUUAUUAGCUUUAGUUUUUUAUCUGUUCCAUGUGCAAUUCGGUGAUAUUUACUUGAACCAUAGAUAUGGUCAGUGCUUGGAUGCAUGGGUAGGUAGACCUGUCCUUAUGUUGAAAUUUUGCGUUGGAAAGUUAAUUUUAUAAUAUGACUUUGUUGCAAAACUUUUUCUCUUCUUAAAAUAAAAUAGGCAGAAAUAUCGAAAUGAAUUCUUGUAAAGUUACAAUGUAAGAAACUUUGAUGUUUUUACGUCUUUCCUCGAAUUUAGUCGCGGAGUGAGAAAUCUCUUGAACGUUUUAUAAAAUAUUAUAUUGAGCUACAUUUUGGAGUAUGGAACUAUUCGUAUGUUUCGAAAUUUUUUUUUAUAAAUUUACGCUCAUUCUAUUCUAUUUCUGUGCGAAUUAGUCUAGUCUGACUGCAGUGUUAUUGUGACUGAAGAAAUUGUGUGGUGGAGGUUUUUUGUUGACGGGGUGCUUGACAUUUUAAUGAUUUUUAUGGUCACUGCAACCGUGUUUUAUUACAAGAAUUUCUGUUUGUAGUGAUUCACCGUUGAACGAAUCUCUUUCUGUCUAUAUUUAUUGGUCAUUUGAUGCCUUAACAUUGAUUUUCAAUGCAUCAAAACUAACUCACACUAAUUAAAAAUUAAAGUGUUAUUGGUUGAGUCGUGUAUUAGCAAUGCACCUUUGAUGAUGAUACCAUACAGCGAUAAAUAAUCUGCUAAUUCUUCAGAAUAUAUUGGCGUAGAAAUUGUUAGGGAAUGUACAUGAAAAUUAUUGUUACUCAACCCCAUGCCCGUCCCUUCUUUGCAAUGCUCUCUUUUUCUUUGAAGCUCUCCUUAAGUUCCAAGAAAUAAGUCGAGAACUAAUGAUUUAUUUGUGAAAUUAUACCUUUUUGUAGGAAUUCCGCUGUGCAUUAUUUCAACUAGAAUUAGAAAUAUUGUUACUUUUAUUAAUGUUUCAAUACGCUCUCUCUUUCUUUUGAAUGAUUUAAAAUCAAUCCGUGAGUAAGGAAAGUUUUUAUUGUCAGCUCUCUCAGGCUAUCUAUGUUACCGUGACUAAUGAGAACUAUGGUAAUGUUUCCGUACAACGUCUUGACUAUUAGUCUUGGUAAUUUCCUUCAAUUCUGCUAAUUGUUUAUUUUUAACUUUACAUUGUUUAUUUUUAGCUUCAACUUUGACUUGCUUAUCAUCAAUUUCAGUGUCAAGAAUUCUUUUUAUUUUAAUAAUGGAAUUUUGGAGGGAUCCACAACAUCGCUGUACAUUGUCGCAGUCUCAAUAGCAGACCCUUAUGUUAAUUUAAAAUGUAAUCAACAAUUCAUAUUAUUAUGCUAUUU